GUUAUAAAAAUGGUGCAUAGUGAUUUCAAAUAUUUCAGUACGUCUGUCUAACCAAAAUUUGCAGGAUAGAAUAACAUAACUCCAGAGCACUCAGGAGUGUAGCCCAGAGCGCUCGGGAGUGUUAUCAUCGACAAAUCUCCAUUUUUAUGCAUCAUUCCAUGUCUUGCAUCACUUCAUCAAUGUACAUUAUACACCAACACAGGCAUACACUGCCUUACUUGAUAUAUUUGUGGAUAUGUGCUAAAUGUUUAAUGGAAUAAAAUAUUUUUGAAAAAUCCCGCAAAUGUUUAGUAGAGACCGAUUUUAAAUCGGGCGAGGGAGUGCCGUAAGACCCUUCCUCCCUCGUAACAUGGCUUCGGAACCCUUAAAUGAAUCUCUGAUUUUCAAUUCAAAAAUCAUUUUAAAUCAAAAUGGUUUCUUUGGUGGCGAACCAUAAAUCUGGGUGGCGACUCCUUAAUUUUUUCAAAUCAAAACUCUAUUUUUCGGGCCGCCCCGAUCCACUCGGGGCUGUGGUAGCUUACAGUUUUCUUUCUGCCUUUAUCACUUGCCUGGAAGUUCCCAAGCUGGAGAGAGAGAGAGAGAGAGAGAGAGAGAGCCGUUUCUCACUCCAAUUCCGAAAGACCAUUUUCCCCAUUAUUUAUGCACGAGAUCCAACAAUCUUCACUUCCUUCUACUUCUCUCAUCUCUGUCGGAACUCUUGAAUUGGUUCUACAAACAUUGGGAACAAACUCACUAAUCUUUUGUGGGAGAACUCCCGAAUCUUUUGAUGAUGAUAGAUAUAUAGGAGGCGGAACACUUGAAUUGGUUCUACAAACAUUGCCAACGAACUCCCUAAUCUUUUGUGGGGAUCUAUAAAAGAAAAAAACUUUGUGUUGUGUGCAUAAAUAUGGAUGCCUCGUGGGUAGAAGGAUGUUCUUCCUCUUCCAUACCCAUCCCACCACAAUGGGUAUACGACGUCUUCGUGAGUUUCAGAGGCGCCGAUACACGUAAAAACUUUACCAGCCAUCUGUUUGCUGCUUUAGAGGACAAUGGUUUUCACACAUUCAGGGACAACAAAGAGCUCGAAAGAGGAGAAUUUAUUAACGAUGGACUACUAAAAGCAGUUAAGGGUUCCAGAAUUUCUUUAAUAGUGUUCUCAAAAGACUAUGCUCGGUCAAGGUGGUGCCUUGAUGAACUUGUGAGGAUCAUGGAUUGCAGGGAGAAUUUGAAACAGAUUGUUGUGCCCAUCUUUUAUCAUGUUGUUCCAUCCGACGUGCGGAAGCAGACGGGGUUUCUUCAAGAUGCAUUUGCCAAGCAUAAAAAACAUCUUAGAGAGGAAUCAGAUGGCAAGGUGGAAAAGUGGAGGGCAGCUCUUACUAAAGCUGCCAAUUUGUCAGGUCGGCACUUGCUGAAUGACGGAGAUGAAGCAGAGUUAAUUAAGAUGAUCAUUAAAGAUGUUAGAGAAAAAGUAAAUCCAACACAUCUAAAUGUUCCAGAUCACCUAGUUGGACUAGACCGUCGUGUUGCAGAGCUCAAUAUGUUGCUGAACAUGGAAUUCAAUUGUGUUGGCAUUGUUGCCAUAUGGGGUAUGGGUGGAAUUGGCAAGACUACAAUUGCAAAAAGGCUGUAUAAUCUCAUCCAACACAAGUUUGAACGUAGCGGUUUUCUUGCAAAUGUCAGAGAAACUUCGCAGCGACCGAAUGGUUUGGAUGAGUUACAAAACAAACUUCUUUUGGCUAUAUUAAAAAGAACUCAUGAAGUAAGUAAUUUUCAUGAAGGCAUCGGGGUUAUAAAGAAAGCUUUUGGUCGAAAAAAGGUUCUUCUUGUUCUGGAUGAUGUGGAUAAUGUUCAACAAUUGGAGGCACUAGCUAUAUAUCGAGAUUCCUUCGCUCUUGGAAGCAGAAUCAUCAUAACAACAAGAGAUAAGUCUUCGCUAAAAAUCCUCGAAUUGGGUGAGAAUGAGAUAUAUGGGCCAAAGAAAUUUGACGAGGACGAAUCCCUUGAGCUCUUCUGUUGGCAUGCCUUUAAGGAAGACCAUCCUCCAAAAGACCAUUUGGACCUUUCACAACAAAUUGGGCAUUAUGCUGGAGGCCUUCCAUUAGCUCUUGAACUUUUGGGUUCCUAUUUCCGUGGCAAGAGCAUACCUCAAUGGGAAAGUGCAAUAGCAAAAUUAAGAAAAGUUCCAGAUGAUGAUGUUCAAGGAAAACUUAACAUAAGUCUUAAGAUCAGUUUUGAUUCGCUAAGCGAGCAACAGAAGAAGUUGUUCCAAGAUUUUUGUUGGGAUGCGUCGAGAUUUUAUAGUAAAAAUAUUGGAAGGUUGCAACAUUUCAGGAAAAGAUGGGAUUCGGAAACUAGUCGAUCAGUGUCUCAUAAACUACAACAAUCAUGACCAAAUUGUGAUGCAUGAUAUGAUUAGAGACAUGGGUAGAGAAAUUGUCAGGCAAGAAUCUCUUGAGGAUCCUGGGAAGCGUAGCCGAUUGUGGUAUCCUGACGAUGUCCUUGAAGUUCUGAGAGAUGGCACGGUGAGAGCCAUAUGCAUGCGCAUUGAGAUUUUAAUCAAUUGUUGAUGAUUCAUUAUUGCAAUAAUGCUACAUGCACUUUGCCCAUUCUAAUUCUAAUUUAUUUGACAUAAA